UGAAUGUGUACUGCAAACUCUAUGUUCUCUAAAGAGGCUGAGGGGAACAGAGUCAUAUGCUGGAUGACAACUAGGUAUGAAAUAGUGGAGCUAGAAGACGUCUUAGCAGCUGGUGAGAAGCGAAGCCGGUUGAAUCGAUCGUCUGCCUUUGUUUUUUUGUCUUGAGUAAUCUUCUACACAAGAUUUUAGCACCUUUCCCAUGUGCUCCUGUUCUCUGCGCCCCACCCCGUUGCCCGCCCCUCUCUUGUGAAGACUCUUUUGCCUUUACUUGUCCGGUGUUGACACAGUUGUUACCCCAUAUGGGAACACCCACUGUGGACAAAGAACUUUCAGAUGACUUCAGCUUCCUUUACCUGAAACGUGGAACAUAGAACAGUACAUUUUAUAUUCAUGGAAAUCAAAAAGCAUAUUCAGUGCAAAAGGAGUGGAAUAGCCUGAGGAGUGUGUGUUUCACUAUCACUAUUACACAUUCACUCUGGGAUUUACCGGUGCCUGCCCCAGGAAGACUGACUCUUGUGUACCUGACAAAGGUGCUGACUUGUUCCAGCUUGUCCUAGCCGUGGCCAUUUGCCUGGGAGCUAAAAUUCAGUGGAAACAGCUGGGAAGGAUUUCGAGAUAACCUCACCUUAUCACCCUCAUCAGCCCGUCAACCCCAACCAGUCAUCCUGAAAUCUCCAGACAUUUAACAACUGCAGGCUCCAUGAGAACAUCUGCUGAAAGUCCAGUGAACUGCCGGCUUCUGUCUGGGUGGAGAUUUUGACAGUCUGAAAGUCCAUUCUGUCUACGGUGUAACAUUUUAUGGAGGUCUUCAGUUAACGUUGUCUGAAACCAGUGAUACAGGAUCAUAAAGUAGUUUGAUGCAUACUUUUUUCGUUCACCUGUGCCCUUAAACAUUCUUCUCCAACUUGAGAUUCCUUCUUCAAAAAUGGAUACAGUGUCUUUGAAUACAUCCCUACAGUCUGGAGGACUCAGCAUGGGCACUGAGUCUCCAAGUCUAUCAAUGAAAUCAUGGGGCUUCACAAAUGACAGCGAUUCUUGCCGGAGCCAACACUGGAACUUCUUCUUAGCCGCUAACUUCAUUCGUGUUGUGGAGAAAUGCAUGAGUUUGAUGCAGACAGGGACCCAGAUGGUGAAACUGAGAGGUGGUUCUAAGGGGCUGGUAAGGUACUUUUACGUGGACGAGCACAAAUCCUGCAUCCGAUGGAGGCCCUCCAGGAAAAACGAGAGGGCAAAAAUCUCCAUCGACUUGAUUCGAGAGGUGCGUGAGGGGAAGCAGUCAGAGGUCUUCCAGCGGUAUUCAGACGGCAGCUUCGACCCAAACUGUUGCUUCAGCAUCUACUACGGUGAACAUAUGCAGUCGCUGGACUUGGUCUCGGGUACAGGCGAGGAGGCUCGCACCUGGAUUACUGGUCUUAAGUACCUUAUGGCAGGCAUCAGCGAUGAGGACAGUCUGGCCAAACGGCAGCGCACCCGGGACCAGUGGCUGAAGCAGACUUUCACAGAAGCUGACAAGAACGGAGACGGCAGCCUGAGCAUCAGCGAGGUUCUACAGCUCCUGCAUAAGCUCAAUGUCAACUUACCCAGGCAGAAAGUAAAGCAGAUGUUUAAGGAAGCAGAUACAGAUGAUAACCAGGGCACUUUGGGCUUUGACGAGUUCUGCUCCUUUUACAAGAUGAUGUCAACGCGGCGAGAUCUGUACCUGCUGAUGCUCACCUACAGCAACCAUAAAGACCACCUGGACACGGACGACCUGGCACGCUUCCUCGAAAUUGAACAAAAGAUGACAAAAGUCACAAAAGAGCAUUGCCUUGAAAUCGUCGCCAAGUUUGAACCUUGUCCUGAUAACCAGAAGCAGGGGGUUUUGGGUAUUGACGGUUUCACAAAUUACAUGCGAAGUCCUGCUGGAGACAUCUUUAAUACCGAACACUAUGAAGUGAACCAGGACAUGACUCAGCCUCUGUGCAAGUACUUUAUUGCCUCCUCACAUAACACCUACCUAAUGGGGGACCAGCUGAUGUCUCAGUCCAGGGUGGACAUGUACGCAUGGGUCCUGCAAGCAGGCUGCAGAUGUGUGGAAGUGGACUGUUGGGAUGGCCAAGAUGGAGAGCCGAUCGUACACCACGGCUAUACUCUAACAUCCAAAAUCCUUUUUAAGGAUGUGAUUGAAACCAUCAACAAAUACGCGUUUGUCAAGAACCCGUACCCAGUGAUCUUGUCCAUAGAGAACCACUGCAGUGUUCCUCAGCAGAAGAAGAUGGCUCAGUAUCUGGUGGAAAUCUUAGGGGAGAAGUUGGACUUGUCAUCAGUCAAAGCCAAUGAAUCAGGACUCCUGCCAUCACCUGAUUCCCUUAAAGGAAAAAUUCUUGUCAAGGGCAAAAAACUGCCCCCAAAUAUUGACGAGAAUGCAGAGGAGGGUGACGUGUCAGAUGAGGACAGCGCAGAUGAGAUGGAAGAUGACUGCAAGUUGAUGAAUGGAGAUACUUCUGUGAACAGAAAGCAAGUGGAGAAUGUUGCAAAGAAAAAAUUGGAUAGCCUGAUGAAGGAGUCGAAGAUCCGUGAUUGCGAGGAUCCAGACAGCUUCACGAUAGCAGCUCUGCCUCCCUCAGCGAAGCAGGAUGAAAAGACAUCCAUGAAGGGCAAAGGAGAGGAAACAACCGACACAGGAGACGAGUCCAGCCCCAGCACCAACAAACGUUUAGCCCGGUCUUUCAUGGGCAGCUUCUCCAGGCGUAAGAAGAAGACGAGCAAACUGAAAAAGACGUCCAGUUUUGAGGACACAGACACGGACCAGGAGAGUUCAAGCAGUGCGUCAAAAGUCCCAUUACAUCACAGCAGAAGGAAGAAAACCAUGAAGUUGUCCAGGGCGCUGUCUGAUUUAGUGAAAUACACAAAGUCUGUGGCAAUGCAGGAUCUUGAGACACAAGGAAGCAGCAGCUGGCUGGUAUCAUCUCUAAGCGAGACCAAGGCUCAUCAGCUAAUGCAGCAGAAGCCAGCCCAGUUCGUGCGCUUUAAUCAGCGGCAACUGUCGCGAAUUUAUCCCUCGUCCUACCGCGUGGACUCGAGCAACUUCAACCCGCAGCCGUUCUGGAACGCCGGAUCUCACCUGGUGGCACUGAACUACCAGUCAGAGGGCCGGGUUCUUCAGUUAAACAGGGCCAAGUUCAACAGUAAUGGCAACUGUGGCUAUGUUCUCAAGCCCAAGUGCAUGUGUGAAGGUCCUUUUAAUCCAAUAUUGGAGGAUCCAUUGCCAGGAGAAACGAGAAAACAGCUAGUGGUGAAGAUUAUUAGCGGCCAGCAGCUGCCCAAACCCAAAGACUCCAUGCUGGGAGACCGAGGCGAGAUCAUUGACCCUUUUGUGGAAGUGGAGGUCAUUGGCUUGCCAAUAGAUUGCUGCAAGGAGCAAACCAGAGUCGUGGAUGACAACGGGUUCAACCCCAUGUGGGAGGAAACCCUGGUUUUCACUGUGCACAUGCCAGAAAUCACGCUGGUACGCUUCCUGGUUUGGGACCAUGACCCCAUUGGACAGGACUUCAUUGGCCAGAGGACCAUCGCUUUUAAUAGCAUGAUGCCAGGUUACCGGCAUGUAUAUUUAGAAGGGAUGGAAGAGGCGUCGAUUUUUGUUCAUGUGUCUGUGAAUGACAUCAUUGGUAAGGCACGGCCAGCCAGCAGCAUAAAAGGGCUGUUUCACAGAAAUCCAAAGCAAGCUUCUCUAGACAGCCAUGCUGCUGUGCUGCACAGUCGUAAGACCGCUUUUGGAGCCCACCUGCUACGCCGCACGGCCAGCGCUCCCACCAAGGGCCAGCCCAAAGUUAAACGUGGCUUCCCAGAGAUCUCCAUCGACACCAAAGACUAUAGCUCAGAGGGAGCUAGCUCGGAGCGUGAGUCUGAGGAGGGCCCAGCUGCCCAUCCCAACGGGGACCCUGCAGCAUCAGCGCGGCCGUGGGAGCAUGGCACCAAUGGGCAGCUCCACCCGGAUGAUGAUACAGAUCAUUUAACAGUGCUGAGACCCAUUCCUUAUCUGCAUGUCCUGGAAUCCAUUGCGGAAGAAUAUCAGCAGAAAUCCACCUCAACAUCCAUGUGCAGUCCAACCCAUACCUCAGAACAUUCACCCAGUGAUGUGCUUAAUUUGUCUCCACCAUCCACAGCAAUAACAACUUCUAAGGAAGACAACCAUAGCCCUGUAAAAUCAAAUGAGGACAAGCUACCUGUUCCUACCCAGUUUCCCAUCCCAAAUGACAGUAGUGGGGAGGGUCAUUUAAAUACAUCCCUGUCCAUGAAUUACCUUGACAUUGGGAGCAAUAAGCCCCUUGCCACAGAGCAGGCAGUAGGUAAAGAGAUGAGUUUUGGUGGAAACAUUUUAUCGGAUGCAACUGUUAAGAUUGGAAAAACUUUAGAGGCAGAGGCUGCACCUGAGAUGGCCACAGUUAAUAGCUCCCAGAUGGUUCAGGCUAAAAAGACUUUAAUUGACAAGGACAUAGAGCGAGGUUUGAAUUUUGUGCCAAGGACUCCAGUUCGAAGGACCAAAAGUGAAGGCCAGGUACGGCCAGUGUGCCCUGUUGAUGAGCAGUCAGCAGUGCCUCAUGUCUCCAUCGACGCAACCAUCAAUGAUCGCCUCUGGUCCAAGCUUGACCCAAGCACUCACCGUGAUAGUGUGUCAUCUUCGUCUAGCAUUUCCUCAAAUGACACUGUGAUUGACCUCUCCCUGCCCAACCUGGCCAGGAAGAGUCUGACCUGCCUCCGAGCUGCUCGCGACUGUCAUGAAAGUCAGGAUUCAAUGGCAAACUGGAGUUGCCUGUCUCGAUCAUCAACUACUUCAAGCACACUUUGUGUCAGCAAGAGCAAAUCCAAUCCCAAUUUGCGGGAUGGUCAGAUGUGUGAGCCAGUGGACGAGCUUCUUCCAAGGCAGCUGGGGAAUGAACAUGACAACAAACGGCUUAUGCAGCGGCGUCACACCUGGAGCAGGUUGUACAUAGAAGGCUUAAAGCAGUCAUCAUCUGCUUCCAGCAAGAGAGCCACAACACCUGCACCAAAAGACAUAAAUGGUGGCUCCAAGUCUAAGAGUCUUGGUGACCUCACGUCAGAGGACAUUGUAUGCAACUUUGAUAGCAAGUAUCGCAGCAUCAGCCGUAGUUUUGUGGUCAGACCUGCACGCCAACAGAGGUCCCCAAAGAAGCCCCAGGACGACCUGAUGGAGCGGCUAAAGAAACUCACUGACGUAGAACCACUGACAAGCAGUGAUUUUACAUCCAACCUGCAGGACUCAGAGGCUGAUGAAAAGGAGGAGGAGCAAGAGGAGGCACCACCACUGAGGAGGAGCUCAUCACGCAGCCAGAGCAGGGUGCGCUAUAUUGCCAAUCGUGCCAGGCAGGCCCAGGAGAGGCAGCGGCUGCAAAGCCUCCUCAGGGGAUCCAAUAGCCCCAUUGAGGAGCGUGGAAUCCCAGAGGGAGCCUGCAGCAUCACACGCAGCCCCUGUACCACACUAGACUUGCUGAGCCAGCUUCCUCCAGGACCAAUCCAACAGAGCCCUCGUAGCCCAGAUAGUGAAGUCUUUUUUAUGCUCCGUCUCUGACAGAGCUAGGGUACACUAAAGGUCUGCGAGCAAGCAACACACUCAAUCUUUUUGUUAGUUCAACUAUGGAAUGAGACACUGCAAACAUCUGAUAUGAAGCACUGUGGGUAUAGGUAGAAGAUUUGUUACAAAAACUUUGGGUAAAGCUGCUACUGUAUGAAGAGGGGUGUACAUCAGUCCUAACAAAGAGCAUGAAGCAUGGUAGAUUCCAAAGGUUCUACACCUAAUGAGAGGGAAAGUGCAAAUUUUAUAAUAUGUUUUCUUGUAAAUGUUUUGGGUGCAAAGCCACACUAAAUCUCUUAUCAGUUUAUGGUCCUAAAUGCACUCAUUUAUUUUAAACACUGGAAUGAUAUACAGAAAUCAAAAAUUCUUAAACUCAUAUCAGUCUUGAAUUUUGUCAUUUUUAGGCCUGCUGUAGCAAUAGAUUAUGUUGAACUGUAUGAAACAUUGCUUCUCUCACUUUAAAUCGAAUGUCAUGUUUACUGUACUUAUUAAAAUACCAAUGCAUCUUGUUGGUGUUUAUAGUGGUGAAUUUAUUUCUUUUGCCUUUUAUUUCUCUUUUUUUUUUUUUUUUUUUUAUACAACAAAAGCAUGGAAUGUAUUUGCAACAGUAAUUUAUUGUCUCUUGAAUUUUUUGAGGGUUUUUUUUUUAGAGAUUUUAAAUUCUUUGCAUUAGGUGAAACAAUAACUGCCUUUUCUUCUUUUAGUUUUUUUUUAUUAUUAUUAUUCAUAACAUUUAUAUGGCAAAGGGCAGUUUUGAUACACAAUACUGUAUCAAGUAUUAUCGGCAGAUUCAUACAGAAAUUGACUGUAAGUUUUUGCAUGUCAGUAAUAUAUUGUAAUCUUUUUCGUGUAUCUCAGUUAAGGUUUUACAUUUUCCACCACACAGCAUGUGCACUGGUCCACAGUAUGUAUCAGUCAGUGUUUAGGAUUUGAGGAAUUAUGUUGUAAAUGAGUACACUGAUAUAGUUCAAUGGCACAUAAUUGGAUGGUAAAAGAGCACAUUUCUCACUUUGUACUGUAAUGUUUGCAGAGUUGUGUCAGUUAACUUUGCAGGAAUCUGAGAAAUUUUUUAGUAAAAACAUAUGUACAUACA